AUGGGUCAAAUAUUGUCGAAUCCUGUUAUCGAUAAGGAGCAUCACUCCGGAGAAGAUGCGUUAACUGCAUUCGGAUGCUGUGCUAUGCAAGGAUGGCGUAUGUCUAUGGAGGAUUCGCAUAUCGUUCAGCCGAACGUGUUGUCCAAAUCAGAAAAGGACCAUGUUGCAUUGUACUCAAUAUUCGAUGGGCAUGGCGGUUCCAGUGUAGCUCAAUUUUGUGGAGAGAAAAUCCUUUCAAUCUUGUUGAGGCAGGAAAUGUUUAAAAAGGGUAAUUUGGCUCAAGCAAUGAUUGAUACGUAUUUGAGUGCUGAUGUGGAUCUGCUGAAUGACCCUGUGCUAAAAAAUGACUAUAGUGGCUGCACUGCUACUUCAGUGGUGAUCUCGAAGAAGCAGAAUUUGAUUGUGUGUGCCAACUCCGGUGACAGUAGAACCGUUUUAUCUACGGGAGGAAUUGCAAAGGCACUUUCUUACGAUCAUAAACCAACAUUGCCAAGUGAAAAAUCACGUAUUGUUGCUGCGAAGGGUUUUGUAGAGAUGGAUCGUGUGAACGGUAACUUAGCACUUUCACGUGCCAUCGGAGAUUUUGAAUUUAAAUCUAAUAACGAGUUACCACCGCAUGAGCAAAUAGUUACCGCUGUACCUGAUAUCAUCGAGCAUUCUUUGAAUUACGAUAAAGAUGAAUUCAUUAUCCUUGCUUGUGAUGGUAUAUGGGAUUGUUUAUCUUCUCAAGAAUGCGUAGAUUUAGUUCAUUACGGUAUUACCAAGGGUAAUAUGAGUUUACGGGAUAUUUCUUCACGUAUGAUUGAUGUGUGCUGUUCUCCAACUACUGAAGGAACAGGAAUAGGCUGUGAUAAUAUGAGUAUUUCAAUUGUAGCGUUGUUGAAAGAGGGUGAAAGUCUUCAAGAAUGGUUCUCGCGUAUAAGAUCGAAAAAUUAUGACAUCAAGAUUUCAUUUGAACAAAGGAGAAGACAAAUUUUCAGCUAUUACCAAUUUUCCAAAGAUUCCGAUGUAUUUGAUGUCACAACAAAACGUCCACAAGAUAGAUUUUCUCAGGACACGUCAGUUCAGAAUUUGAGGGCUAACAAUAACCAAGGUGAUGAUAGUAUGGAUAUAGACGACACUGAUGCAGAUUCAGAUGCAAAUCCGAACUCUCACGGCAAUACGAACACCAACGUUACCACAAAGUCAGCCUCAAGCUCUAAUAACGAAGAAAGACGCAGUGGUCAAAUGCAAGGUGGCUCAAAUGGUCCAGUUGAUCUUUUUUCUUUAGAAGCCCUAUUAGGAGCAGGUGGUAUUCAAAUAAGUCAAGGGCCAAACAAUGUAUCGUAUAUUCAUGGUUCUGCAUUGUCUGAAAUGUUAGCCUCAUUAAGUAAUGCAGCAGCUGGCGAAAUGGUGCCUGAAGAAGAUGAUGACGAGGAACAAGAAAAGGAAAGCGAUAAGAACAAAGUUGAGAGUGAUCGCAAAAUUGAAGAAGUUGAAGAUUGA